GCUGCAAUAUUCAUUUCCGUGCGACUAAAUUUUCGUUAUCUAUCGAAAACUAACCAUUUAUACAAGCUCUUGCAUGCUCAUUUGCGUUGCAAGAAAACUAACCGCCUAUAUAUCGUUUCUAUACAUUUGGGCUCCAGUACCAGUAAAGGUAUCAAGGGAGCUUCUAAAUUGCAAAUUCUCAGUGGACCAUGUCAUGAUAUUUGACGAAACUUGACGUUUAUACAUUAAAAGGUUGUUAUCUAGUGCUCAAAUACUGCAGAAAUGUGAACAAUAAAGCAGCGGCUAUAAAGAGUCGCAUGUUUAUGAAUGGAUCAGUUUAUCGUAAUUCAAUGAUUUAAAAUUUAUCUGUAAUCUCAAGUUGGUCGUAUGAGAAUAACAUUUGUUGGACAUUCUUAUAUACAUACCAUUUUGCCUGUGCAAAUGCUUCAGGUUUCUAUUCCAGCGCAUUGCUACGAUCUCGAGAAUUUUGGGGUUUAUGUAAUAACCAACACAAUCAGAAGCACAAAUUAGUAAUUUAUCAUGUAGCCGUUUGAUAUCACGUGUUUAUAUUGUCACUUCACGAAGGCCGUUACGAACUUACUAUGCCCCGUCCUUAGUGUUUAUUGGAGGCUUUAAGUUGGGAGGGUCAAGGGUUUAUAUUAAUAGUCUUUGAAGCAUCUAGAUUACAAAAUUUUUACAAAUGUCAACCAUUGGAAACGCUGGGUCCCAUAGUUGUGUUUUAAACAAACCAACUAAGAUUGAAUACCAGAAACUCAGGAUCCUUAUUUUGGACGCACCAAAUAAUUCAAAUGUUAAGUUGUAUCUGAACGAAAUGUUGGAUUUUGGUGUAACAAGCUUGGUACGUACUUGCGAAGCCAGCUAUAACGAAUCCGUCAUACUAGAAAAUAACAUUCUAAUCAAGGAUUUGGUCUUCAAUGAUGGAGAUCCGCCACCUUCUAACGUUGUUUCUGAGUGGCUUUCUCUCAUAAAAGAUGUUAUUAAUAGUGAUGGUGCAGUUGCCGUUCAUUGUGUAGCUGGAUUAGGUAGAGCACCCGUACUUGCUUGUAUUGCACUUGUGGAAUACGGUAUGCAACCUUUGGAUGCCAUAAGCUAUGUAAGGGAAAGGAGAAAAGGUGCUAUCAAUCGUAGGCAACUUGAGUUUCUAAAGACAUACAAGAGACGUAGAUCUAACGGGUGUAUUCAAUUUUGCCGUAUGAUGUGAUUUUCGUCAUCUAGCA